CUCUUUUUGUUCUGUUUUUCUUUACUUUUUUUUUUCCCUGACUAUUUUUUUUCCCUUAGGAUGGGUAAAUAGAAUUUUGAUGAGGGAAAUAGAAGAAAAGUUUUGAUCUUUGUCUUGAUUUGAGACAGUGGUUCAUGUAUGGAGUGGUGAAACAAUGAGAGAUGGCAACUCAAAGAAAAGCAAGUUUUCAUGGCCCAAAGCACUUGUCAAGAAAUGGCUCAACAUCAAGGGCAAAAGUGAGGAUUAUCAUGCUGAUGACAUCAUCUACCAAUAUGUUGAUGAAGAAUGGAGCAAUUUUUCAGAGAAGGAAGUUAUCACUAUCAAGAAAAGCAAAACAGAGAAACCAUGUAGACGAAUUUUGGAUCGUGCCCGACGAAGUAAGAUCGAUUUCGAAGCCUCCCGGAUUACGGAUGUGCAAAACUAUAGAAUCUUUGUAGCAACAUGGAAUGUGGCCGGAAAAUCGCCCCCUAAUUAUCUAAAUCUCGAAGAAUGGCUCCACACUUCGCCUCCAGCCGACAUCUAUGUCCUCGGGUUUCAAGAAAUUGUCCCUCUUAAUGCCGGUAAUGUCCUCGGCACAGAAGACAAUGGCCCGGCUCGAAAAUGGCUAUCCCUUAUCCGUAAAACUCUAAACAGCUUGCCCGGUAAUAGUGAAAAUUACCGUACACCGUCCCCAGCCCCUAACCCAAUUGUUGAGCUCGAUGACGAUUUCGAAAACUCGAGCAGAGAAAAUCCUCUGUCGUCCUUUUUCCAUCGUCGAUCUUUCCAGUCUUUGAGCCGCAGCAUGAGGAUGAUGAUGACGAUGGAAAAUGACGUUUCUACCCCUCAGCCGAGGCUCGACCGCCGGUUUAGUGUCUGUGAUCGAGUUAUAUAUGACCAUAGACCGAGUGAUUGCUAUUAUGGGUCAUCUGAUGACGAAAUUGGGCCGGGAGACUACUCGCCAUAUGCUCAGCAUUAUUAUAACUCUCCCGUCACGUAUAAUAAUAAUAAUAACAAUAAUAAUAAUAAUAAUGUGUUCGUGGAGGAUGGAGAUAAUAGAAAUUUGAGAUACUGCUUAGUUGCUAGCAAGCAAAUGGUGGGAAUUUUUCUUACUGUGUGGAUAAAGAGCGAUUUGAGAGAUGCCGUGGGGAAUUUGAAGGAUGGAGACGAGUUGAGGAGAAACUCGGACGUGAUGCAGAUUUUGCGAAAAACGAGGUUUCCACGUGUUCUUCACGACAUGGGGGAUGAGAAUAGCCCACAAACGAUACUCGAGCAUGAUCGAAUCAUAUGGCUCGGGGACUUAAAUUACCGGAUUGCCCUCUCUUACCGAUGUGCAAAAGCUCUUGUCGAGAUGCGCAACUGGCGAGCUUUGUUGGAAAAUGACCAGCUUUGUGUAGAACAGAGACAUGGAAGGGUCUUUACCGGGUGGAAUGAAGGGAGAAUAUAUUUUCCUCCUACGUACAAAUAUUCGAAUAAUUCAGACAGAUAUGCCGGCGAAAACAUGCACCCGAAAGAGAAAAGAAGAACUCCUGCAUGGUGUGAUCGUAUAUUAUGGUACGGUGAAGGCCUUCAUCAACUAUCGUAUGUUCGUGGAGAAUCGAGAUUUUCAGAUCAUAGGCCCGUUUAUAGCAUAUUUUUGGCUGAAGUCGAGUCUUUUAGUCGUAAUCGGAUCAAGAAAAGCACGAGCUAUUUGAGCUCGAGGAUCGAGGUCGAGGAGUUGCUGCCUUAUUAUGCAUACGAACAUUCUCAACCGAAUUAUUUCUAAGAAUUCACAUUUUAAUCACUCAUCGGUUUUUGGAUUACGUAUUCGAAAUUAUGAUGGCUCAGAUGAUUAAGCAUUGGCUUUGACAUUGCAGAUGAAGUAGAGGCGAACAAGACAGUUGAUUUUUCGGCAUAUUGAUUGGCAUUUUGGCCUAAGAUAUAGUUGCUAAGCUAUUUCAAGUUUUCGACAAAUUAGGCAUCAAGAGAAUGAGUUAAUUAGAAGAUACGAAUGCUCAAAUCUUCAGGGACUUAUGGGGAAUUUGUUUUCAUUAUUUUUGUAACUAAUAAAUGGUGAAUGGUCAUUUCAAAGAUUGAGAAUUUUGUAACUGCAUUAUUAGGAGGUUGUGAACCUGCAAAUGUAAAUAAUCUUGUGUAUUUUUUGAAUAUUUUGCUGAUUUUGAAGCAAUAUUUUUUCAUGCGUGGUGAAUAUUAUUAUUUUGUAUUGUCCCUUUUGUUCAUUUCAUCUGCAACUUCUUCUUUCUUUCUUGUGGGUUUACUAAAAAUAUUUCUUGUAACAGAAUAAACAAGGCCAUGUGGCAGUAAUUUCAUUUGUCACUAUACA